UGAAUGCCAGUGCGUCGACUAGAAAAUGUCGUGAAAAAAUCGAGCAUGUUCGAUUUUCUUGCGACUCUUCGGAGAAUACAAGUUAAUAAUAAGUUUCAGAGAUGUAUCGGAGACGUCUCUGCAAUCAGCAAAAUCUGGAGUCGCAAACUAAUGGCGAGCUAGUUGCAAUCCCAUUGACAUUAACCUUUUUACGUUUUGCAAGUUUUAAUUUUUUGCUUGCCUAAUAAAGGAAUAAACACAACACUUUACAGCCCAUUAAAUGUGAUUUGCCCAAACUAUUAGAAAAUAAACACGAGAAAGCGCUUUGAUUGCAUCCAACUUCUGAGUCAAACCGCCGUUAACCGCCCCCCCCCCCCCCGGUUAAGUCUGAUCGCCUUCAGCACAUUCAUUAGCACCAAUUCAAAGUCAACUAUUGAAGUUUAUUCAUGAGUAUAUAAAAACUGGUGGGUGUUUCAUAAAGCUGUUCGUAAGAUAAGAGCGACUUUAAGAAUGACUGGUGAUCCUUUCUUUUGGUAAAUGCUAUACAUCAUUGACAAUGGUUUAGUGCGUAAGAAAGGUUCACCAGUCGUUCAUAAAGUCGUUCCUAACUUACGAACAGCUUUAUGAAACACCCACCAGGUCUAUUGUGAGAAUGCAAACUGGAUGCGUUUCCAUUCUCACAUUAGAUCUAGAGUAGCAUCUUUUAUUAAUAAAAAUGCACAGGCCUAUAUACUUUUCACACAAAGAGUUUUCUUGCCUACCUGAAAUUCUACCAGAUGCUUGCCAGACCUAGCAACAAGUGACGUAUGCAAACGAGUCCAGAUAUUGUGUAAAAAUCAUUAUAUAUGCAGAUUGGUGAAACACCUGCAUGGUUUCUAAGUUGUUGGCAGGAAGACAUAGAUUUGCAUCACUUUUAGCGAAUGUAGCUACCUGUUAAACAAUGGAAUCUCUCUGAACUGUCAUGAUUAUGAAGUCAUGCUUUCUCUGUGUCCCUCUCCCACAUUGUUUCUCUCUGUCUAUCUCUCCCUUCCUCUCACUCUCUCUAUUAUAGAGGUCUAGUAAAGCAACAUAAAUACCAAGUCCGACGGAGCAAACGUGUAUAUUACACCAACCUCUUUUUCUUUGAUUUAAUCAUUCGUAUUUAUAACAAUACAUAAUAAUGAAGCCUCCAACGGAAGGAAGCAUUUUGAAUUGGCGGUGGGGAUACGUUAUCAUAUUUUGUAAGUUUACCCUUCUGGUAUACGCUGCAGGCAUCACGAAAUCGUUUGGUGUUCUUCUCCAUGAGAUGGUGGUGAGAUUAAACUCAAACUACGCCAUUAUUGGGUUCAUCUGCAGCCUGCCAUCCACCCUCUCACUUCUCGCAAGUCCACUUGUAUCUCUAAUACUAGAAAGGGUGAACGACCGACUGGUCGCCGGAGGAGGAGCAAUACUCGGCUCGACUUGCAUGCUCAUAUGUGCCUUUUCAACUAAUGUUGUAGUUGUGGGCGUGUGUCUUGCAUUAACAGGGACCGGUUUUGCCUGUAUUCACCUGCCCACAACGCUCAUCAUAAACGACUAUUUCCCUGAUGAUUUUGUCAUGAUGAAUACGCUUUCCAUGUAUGGUCUGACUGCAGGUGCAACCUUUAUACCGUUCAUCGUAGAAAGAUCGGAAGAGGCUUACGGGUACCACGGAAGUUUUCUGAUCUUAGCCGGUAUUGGUCUUCACGCCAUGGUGUGUGCUGCUGUAAUCCGUAAACCAAUCAUGAAGAAAAUUAAAAUUAAUUGUCCUGAAGCUAAGACAAUGGGACUGGUCCGAACAGAUAGCGAGAUGACAAGUAAGCUUACACGACCGAAAAAUAACAGCGCUCUGGGAUCAAGGGGUGAAAAAAAUCAUAAGGAACAUCAGUCAAGCAGUACAGGAUCUGAUCAUUCAGAGAUGGGGCUUGAUGACGUCGAAACUGCUGUGUUAACCGAACACUUACCAUUGAUCACCGAAGAAGAAGACGACGACGACAAACUGGCUGGGGCGUCUGCAGGGACAUCGAAGGGCAAUACCGAACCUUGGUACAAGUUCUGUUGCAGAGGUCUUACGUUUCAUGACUGGCUGGUCUUGUUUAACAUGCCGUCGAUUUUCCUCUUCUCAUAUGCAUUGUACGGUUGGAUGCUGUUCUUGGUACCCCAUGCCGAAUCCCUUGGGAUUAUCAGUUCCCAUGCGGUAUUAUUAUCCACUCUAGCAGGAAUUGGUGGUAUCUUAGGAAGAACAGUAUUCAUUAUUCUCAUUUCUAAAAACGUCGAUCCUUUUCUGAUAUACAUCCCCGUCAGUAUUGUCUGCAUCCUGACUUUUCUCCUUGACUUCGUCGGAUCAGGGUAUCCUGUACGGGCUGGUUUGGCGUUCGUCCAAGGCAUCUGUUUCUUUACUGAAGAUACUAUGCCCUCUGCCGUGGUAAAGAAGAUUACAUUUGACCCAGUCAAAUUCAGACGAGCUUAUGCAAUGCUAUUUUUCUUUACUGGAUUAGGAGCUACCUCAGCAGGCUAUAUGACAGGAUCUCUGUUCGACCUAACCCAGUCCUACACCAAAGUCUUCAUGGUUAAUGGUGUUCUUCUUUUUGUUGUUUUGGUGAUCUUGACCACCACAGCUGUCCUAUUGAGAGUUCAAUCUAGGAUCAACACGAAAUGAAACAUGUGACGUCAUCUGACCAUCCUAAUACGUAAAAGAUCCGUGACUAUGAACCUUACAGUGGAAUAAACACAAAUAGGAGUAGACGUGGACAAUAGGAAUACGUACAUCGUGUCAUAAUUAGAGGCUAAGAUGUGAUCUAUGUAGAUAUGAAUAUUUCCACUUGGAUAAUCCGGCAACUAAUAGGGCGACAUUAAGCUAUCGAUUGCCCUCCCCUAAGAAAGAUAUUAAAUACUCUUGUCAGAAAAUGAACAAUUUUUUUUUGUAUUUUAGUUGAUAUCGGGCACAUUGCCCUUUAAUACUUGCCGAGCUGGUCUUUUUUGAGGAGGGGUGGGGAGAAAAUCAAGACAUUGGAUGAUAAAUUGCCCCAAUUCAAUGGAAAAUAUAUAAUUUAGGAACAAAUAAAUUCGAAGAAUUUUGCAAGGUUUAGCUUAAUCCAAUAAUAACUUCACAAUAAUAUCUUAGAAUGUUUGUAGUCUCUUGAGACGUUAACAGACAUAUUUCAUUAAUACCUCAGUCACAUUUCCUCGAAAAAAGCCGCUAUAACAUUUUAUGUACUCUUUAAAAAAAUAUUUCGCACAGACUCCAUAGAGACAUCGGAGUCGUCUUAGCAGUCGGGGAUGAAAUUAGUCUCCACGAAGCUUCUGCAGUUGAUCGUCAUGUCUUGGAGACGUAGCGUAACAAGCCCACACAAAUUAAAAGGGUCAAAUAUACUGUAGGGGUAGCGGACAAUAAGAAUAUGCGAGUGAGCGAAGCGAGCGAGUUAAAAAGAAGACCCGUCUCAUUCGAUACUAUAAUUUUAUGGUAGUUUUUGACAUAUUACUUAAAAAAUAAUGUUAAUAUUUUUUUUCUCGGAAUUGAACAUUUUUCAGGGGGGGGGGGGGCAUGGCACCCCAAGCUCAUCUGAAUGCCAGUGCGUCGACUGGAAAAUGUCGUGAAAAAAUCGAGCAUGUUCGAUUUUCUUGCGACUCCUCGGAGAAUACAAGUUAAUAAUAAGUUUCAUAGAUGUAUCGGAGACGUCUCUGCAAUCAGCAGAAUCUGGAGUCGCAAACUAAUGGCGAGCUAGUUGCAAUCCCAUUGACAUUAGCCUUUUUACGUUUUGCAAGUUUUAAUUUUGUGCUUGCCUAAGAAAGGAAUAAACACAACACUUUACAGCCCAUUAAAUGUGAUUUGCCCAAACUAUUAGAAAAUAAACACGAGAGCGCUUUGAUUGCAUCCAACUUCUGAGCCAAACCGCCGUGAACCGCCCCCCCCCCCCCGGUUAAGUCUGAUCGCCUUCAGCACAUUCAUUAGCACCA